AUGGUUAGUGUCAGAACGCUAGAAACGAGACUCAAAGAUCUUCAAAAGAAGAUCGCGAAGGAGCCUUACAAAUUUGCUACUCAUGAGAAUGCUUGUAAAUUAGUUAAACUUCUUCCCCAAAAUCAUUCAUUAAGAGACAAAAUCUAUUUCCUUAAAGGUCAAUACUUUGUACCCACUAAAAGUGACGCCGAUGAUUUCAUAAAGUAUGUCAACACUGUUGGGAAGCUUUCCGAUGACGGACGUAAAGUUUUUGAUCAGAUCACUAAUCAAUAUCCUACAGUAAAAUAUUGGAAGGAAUACUUAAAAGCGAUGAGGAAUUCGCCAUACUACUCUGCCUAUCUUGAAAGAGCAUGGGAUGCUUGUAGAUACGACUAUUGUUGCGGUAAUGAGAUAUUCGACAUUAUGGUUGAAUAUAAGGAUAAGUAUUAUGAAGAAUGGCCCGAUAUUCUUGAUUUAUUCGAUCAAAGAUUACGGAUUCCGCACGUCCAAAUAGAUGAAACAUUGAAUGAAUUUAAGUAUUUCGUUACGAAGUAUAAGCAAAGUGAGUAUUGGCCAUGGGCAGAUUCAAGAAGUAGGGUUCACGAUGAAACAAAAGAGGACCAACGUCUUAACGAAAGGUUUGAAAAAGCCAUCAAGAAGAAUCCAAGUGACGUCUUCGUUUGGCUAGAUUAUAUGGAGGGUAUAUAUGAACGUGACAAACAUAUGGAUGGUGUAUACAGCAUAUUUACUAGAGCGAUUGUGCAAGACUUUCCAGAUGAAUGGGCACUUCCUCUCUGGAAAAGUCUUAUUCGGAUGGCUCGUAUAGCCAACGUGACUGAAGAAUUUAAAUUAGAUCAUUUGAGUUCUUACGUUAGAACGUUCCCAUAUUAUCCUGCUGCAUAUGUCGAAUACUUAGCCGAAGCCGAGGAAAGCGAUUUUGAUAUGAUCUACCUGAGGGUACAAAGCAAUGGAGUCCUUAGCAAAGGCAAAGAUCCAAAUCUAACAGUCGCCGAAGCAAUCGUCGUAUUUAGGUAUGGAUUAACUCGUAGUGUAUUUAGUGAAUGGUUCGAAGAAACACCAGCUUUAUUCAAAACCAUUGAGGAGUAUGUUACCGAGUCUUUCACUAGACCGAAUGAUGGUAAAUACCGAAUCCCUAAGCUCGCUAUUAAGAUCUACGAUGAGUUUGAUGAAGAAGAUAAAGCAGGAGAAAUAAUCGACAGAUUAACUUCUACGUAUCUGUCUCGUGGAGACGUCUGGCUCUGGGCCAUUGAUUAUAUGAAGAAUAAACUUCCUUCAGAGGGGAUCAGAACUAUGUACGAAGAAGCGAUAGAUUCGCUUGAAGGAUGUGACCCAGAUAACAAGCUUGAAGAACUUAGGUAUCAAUGGCUUCAAUUUGAGGAAUUCCUGGAAUUGAAAGCAAAAAACUUGAAGGCCAAAAAGCAUGCACUUUGGAAGUGUUACCAGUCUGAGAAAAAGGAAGAAAGAAACUUGGGCCUUCACUGA